GGACAUUUUAGCCUUCUCACAUCAACACGCCCUAAAACCGCUCUCGAGAGACGAAUCGCUCUCAGCUUCUUCUAGAACCUUCUCCUUCUCCUUCGACGCAUCGUCGCCUUCAAGAUCACACUACCUCGCACAACAAUGGAGUUCUGGGGUGUUGAAGUUAAGAAUGGCAAACCACUUCACCUAGAUCCUGGGCUAGACAGGCUCGUGCACAUCUCUCAGGUUGCUUUGGGAGAGAGUAAGAACAAUGUAACCGAACCAAUCCAGCUUUACGUGACUGUUGGAUCGGAUAAGCUUCUCAUUGGAACGCUAUCUCAUGAGAAGUUUCCUCAGCUGUCUACGGAGAUUGUCUUGGAAAGGAACUUUGCGCUGUCUCAUACUUGGAAGAAUGGGAGCGUUUUCUUCUCUGGUUACAAAGUUGAUGCAUCUGAUCCCGAGCCUGAGGAUUUGAUUGAUGAUCAACUUGAGGCUGCUGGUUUCAAAGCUGCUCCGAAAUCUGCUGCGAAACAGGUGAACUUUCAGUUGCCAAAUGAAGAUGUCAAAGCCAAGCAAGAUGAUGACGCUGACGGUAGUGAAGAAGAUUCUUCAGAUGAUGAUGAUAGUGAAAACUCUGGAGACGAGGAGGAAGAGAAGGUUACUGCUGAAUCUGACAGUGAGGAAGAUGACUCAUCAGACGACGAAGAAGAUGACUCCUCAGAAGAGGAAACCCCAAAGAAGCCUGAAGAACCCAAGAAGAGGUCUGCAGAACCCAACUCCUCCAAGAACCCUGCGUCCAACAAGAAGGCUAAGUUUGUAACUCCUCAGAAAACAGAUUCGAAGAAACCGCAUGUCCAUGUUGCAACUCCUCAUCCCUCAAAACAGGCGGGUAAGAAUUCUGGUGGAGGCAGCACUGGAGAGACAUCGAAGCAGCAGCAGACACCGAAGUCUGCAGGAGCGUUUGGGUGCAAGUCGUGCACCAGAACCUUUACUUCGGAAAUGGGAUUGCAGUCUCACACAAAGGCCAAACACAGUGCAGCUGCUUGAGAAGAAGAAGCAGCAUGAUGACUACUCUCUAUAAUAUCUACUCUAGAACUUUGAUGUCUUUUGGUACUUAAAUCUGGAACUUGCGAGUGAGCCAGUUUUAGUUGGUCUUUUUUUUCAGGCAUUUCUUCCUGUUUAACUUUAUCGUUUUGGUAGCUGAAACUGUGCUAAACCUUUGUUUGUGUUUAGUGGUAUGGAUAUUAAGUCUUUUUGUAGACUUUUCUAGUGAAAAUCUACAUUUGAAAUUCUCUGUCCAAAACAUACAUUGAUUGAAGAUUAGUUAGCAUGUCACUUUGUAACAUAAUCUAAUGGACCCGAAAUUAAGGAUUUU